AUUUUGUUUUAUCAGCCUCGAUAUUGCAGAGCUUGAUAUAUAAUUCGUCACCCUCCAAAAUUCGUAUUAAAUGCUUGGUCCCGUAAGCUACAAAUUAUAUAGGUUCUACUGUGUUGAAUGUAGUCUAGGCCUACUGGAGGGUUAAGAUUCUACUGCACACCCACCUAACAAGCUGAAAAGUAAGCAUAUUGCUUACACUCAUACCUCAAGAAUGGAUUGAACUAUUUCCUUGAAAGUUCGUAGGACUCAACUAUAUGCUUUUACAGAGAGCAUACGCUUUUCAUAAUUUCAUUAUUUCUUCAAGUUUUUCUUAUUUUAGCUAUGUAAACAUGAAUUUGCUAUUUUGGAAAAGAAGCAUCGAGAAACGAAUUUGAAAAUACAGUGACCUUUAGAAUAACAACACAAAUCUAAAUCCGUUUGAAUUUUGUUCAAAUUCCUAAUAGUUUUGCAAUAAACUGAGUCGUUAAAUUGCAAAUUUGAACCAAAAAUGAACAGUUACAUUGCCAACCUAGUUCGAGGGUUAUUCUCCAGAGAGCUCUACUGUUGAAACGUAACCCCCACCACCUACUACUUACAUACUAAGACUGCCCAGCAGUGUAUCAAUGAAUGAAUUGAAUGAAUGACCACAAGAAAGAGUGGGAAUGGGAGGGGAAUAGAUGAGAAGUCUGUUACACACUCUCUCUGUCUCUCAAUUCCAGCUAGCUUUUGCCAUAUCCAUGCCAUGUGUGACUUAUUAGUUCGUUGAAACGUGACAGUGACAGUUCAUCCAGUCAUUUGUGAUAAGUUACUAUGGGUUUUCAUUUAUAGAAACGUUUUGCCUUGUUUAUUCUAGACAAUCCUUGUUAGUGAAUAAUACUUUUUCUAUUCUAUUCCUAUUGACUUCGAAUUAUGUGAAAUGUUAUAAAAAUGUUGAAGUGCAUGCGACCAAAUUAUUUAUCAUAAAAAAUGGACGAAACGCCGAAGCCUCAUCAAAGUCGCCGACGCUUUAGACACAAAAGUGGACGUAGAUUGAAACUUAGCGCGAAACCGCUUAAACGAAGAGGAACAGCGUUAAUUCAAUACUGGGCUUCCAAAAGGUAAGCUAAUAUUUGAUACACAUCCAUAAUUUCCUUCAUCAAGAACCAUAACAAUCAAUAUAUCUCCAUUUGUAAUUUGAGUAAUAAAGCUUCAAUUCUCAAUCGAAUAUACAAUUAUACAUGUCAACGUUUUUAGAAAUAUUGAACAGUUUCACGAUUCUAUGCUAUGAAAGCUCAGGGAACUUGGAAAACACCCAUUCAAAAAAUGUCAAUUGUCAAUUACGAAUAGUGUAAUCGGCAGACCUAUCUUACACUAAUUUUACUGCAUUUUCCAUAAUAUAUUUUCACUAUUUUUUGAAUGGGAAAUUCGUCAUUGCCACCUAUGAAUAGUCCUAUUGAUCUUGUUUUUUUUGUAAUUCCAGGGGCAGAGGCAGAAGUGAAGCUCAGACCGAAGAGUAUAAUGACUCCGAAAAUUCUACGAUAAAUACGGCCUCUGACGCAGAUUUCGUCGCUGAAGAAAGCAAUGUCUGUGACACUUGUCCAGAAAACAAAGACGUUUACGACACUCAUACAGAAAUAAUGCUGCUAUUGUUGGAUACCACACCAAGAAAGUAUUAUACGUUGGAGUGAAGAACAAAUACUGUACGCUUUGUGUACGGGCUGAACGAUCGGGUAAGCAGGCAAAAGAGCAUGUAUGUUUCAAGAAUUGGGGAACACAUCAAAGUUCUACAAGUAUGGAGGCUGCACUUAUUGCUGAGGGAUUUUCAUUGAGUGAAGAAAUGUAUGGGGUACGAUACAAUCGGCUUAUUGCUGACGGUGAUAGUAGUGUCUAUAAAACGUUGCUUGAUCGGAGGCCCUAUAAGAAUACUACUAUACUUAAAAUUGAGUGUAGAAACCAUCUUUUACGAAACUACUGCAAUAAAAUCAGAGAGAUUGCUCUGACAAGCGAUAAAGGACAUAGCCCUAUUACGUUACGCAAGAAGAUAGGUGACAGGCUACUAAGACUAAGAUACGGAGUUACAAGAGCAGUGAUAUACCAUCAGAAAAAUCCUAACAAAAUUGAAAGGAUCGAAAUGUUGAAAGAGGACAUUUUGAAUGGACCGAAUCACGUUUUUGGGGACCAUGGAAACUGCAAAAAUUAUUUUUGCAGUGGUACAGACCUACGCAACUUACCAAAUUUAGUGCCUAGUCUAGAAGCAGUUGGGCUUUUUCAGCGAGUCAAAAAUGCUGCUCGUUUUUUGAGUCUACAUGCCUCUAGUUUACUUGAAGAUGUCGACAGCAACUACGUGGAGCACUACAACCACGCAGUUGCUAAAUUUGUCGGUGGAAAGAGAAUAAAUUUCACAUCUCGCGGAAGCUACCAGGCAAGGUGUGAGGGAGCUGUUGUUCAGCACAAUACGGGAAUGGUCCUGUACAACUUGCAUAAAACUAUGUGCAAUUCUUCAAGUCCUGGAAGAUUCUAUAAGUCAGUCCAGGUUAAACGUAGAAAAAAGAUAGAACAGGACAGAAGAAGGAGAAAUAUAUCAUCAAGAAAAUCACUUUUCUCUACAGCCAUCCAAAAAACAACAGUUGACCAUGAUUACGGACCGAAUGCUCAACGCCCUGACAUCAGUGAAAAAGAACUUGUCAUUGAGAAAAAUAGGUUUUUAGCCUCACUGGUGUUAUCAGAAGAGAGCCGUCACCAGUUGGAAAGGAGGACUGUCCUGCAGCAUCACUCCGCUGAAUGGCUUGAAGAGAGACGGAAAAGGAUUACUGCAUCAAAUUUUGGACGAAUAAGCAAGAGAAGGCCAAAUACCGGAUGUGAAAAUGUAGUUCGCGAACUAUUGUAUGGGGGCGGUAAAAAUUGUUCAGCAAUGGAGUAUGGGAGGAUGAACGAGGAGGCUGCUCUAAAAAAAGUUAGUGAGAUAGCUGGACAAAAAAUUUUGAAAUGUGGGCUAUUCAUUGAUGCCGAUUUUCCAUUUCUGGCAGCAUCGCCGGAUGGAUUAUUAGAAGAUGGGCAUGGUAUUGUGGAGGUCAAAUGCCCUCAGACAAUAAAGGACCUACUCCCAAGGGAAGCAGCAAAGUUGAAAAUAUUGAAAUUUUGCAAAAUUGAAGAUACAAAUAUCGAAUUGAACACAAACCAUAACUACUACUAUCAAAUACAGGGACAACUCCACAUUACGAAACGUCAGUACUGCUUAUUUUGUAUAUGGUCGCCAAAGGGGACAGAAGUUGUUACUGUAUACAAAGAUGAGCAGUUCUGGAGUUCGAAGAUUCUUGAACAAGUGAAAAAAUUUUAUAUGGACUGUGUAUUGCCGGAGCUUGUUGAUCCUCGACACACGCUUUCAAUGCCAAUUCGAAAUCCAGAUUGGAUUAUUGAGGCGCAAGAAGCACGUAAGAAGAAAUAAUGAUGACACAAACAUAACUGGAAAAUAAAAACAAAUAUUGUCACAUACCACUUAUUUAUUA